GUGAUAAACUUAUUAAAUAGAUAUUGAUAAUGUGCGACUCCUAUGAGUGCGAGCAAAACGACAACUCGACUCUGAACGGAAGCUCGGAUUCCCUUGCCUCGUCUCAGGGACCUCGGAAAGGCGACCGCCGGAUUACUCACUUCGACGAUUCCAAAUGCAAGAAGUGCUCUUCACCAAGCCCCGCUGUGAAAGUUCAUGCUCAAGGAAGCCACUGUCGGGACUGUUUUCUAAUAUAUGCAAGACACAAAUUCAGGUCGACUAUUGGGAAAGAAGGCAUAAUUCCUUACGGUGCCAAAGUGGUUCUAGCCUAUUCGGGCGGACCCGCCAGCACGGCUAUGGUUAAGCUGCUCGGAGACACUUUGAAAGAGACUAAAAAGAAGGCGAAUCUCAACUUCGAUGUCAAAUGCGUAACUGUCGAUUUGAGUUUUCAAAAUUCUGAAGCUACAAUUGAAUUUGAAAACAUGAAAAAUUAUUGCAGUAAAAUGGGAUUUGAAUUAUACGUUGUUAGUGCCAAGAAAUGGUUUGCCGAUAAUGCAAGAGUUUCAUAUGAGGAUUUUAUGUCAAUAUCAGAUAACACUCUCAAAUUAGACCGACAGACACAAAUUAUUCGAAAAAUUCUGACCGAUUUUGCUUGCGAGCACAAUUUUGAUUGGCUUAUGAUUGGUCAAUCACUAUUCAGAUCGGCAGUCAAUGCCUUAACUCAGGUCUGCCAAGGUCGAGGAGCUGACCUUGGUAGCAUCUGCAAGUUCUCAGAUUCGAGAAUGUCAAAAAAUGUCUCCAUUGUUUUUCCGAUGAAAGAGUUCACGAGUAAAGAAGUGGCUUUUUUCAACCAGUUUGAAAAUCUGAAAAGUUUUAAGUUUUCAGACUUGGAAACGGGAACAGAUUCGAAUUCGUCCAUUCAAAGAUUAACGGAACAUUUUCUGCUGAACCUACAAAUCGACUUUCCGGCAGCGGCUCCGAAUGCCCGAAACAGUGGUGACAAAAUUGUGCCCCGGUCAUCUGAUGAAAUUAGCGCAGGAGAAUUAUGCUCACUUUGUCUUAUGCCAUUUGACAGUACAGUGGAAGAAGCGGGAACAGAUAAUGCAAGAGUAGCAGCUAGUUUUUCGCAAGAAUUGUGUAAUCCAGACAAUUUAACUGAUCGAACUAACAAAUUCUGUACAUAUUGCAAACUCGAAGACAUAUUUGGCUGAAAAGAAAA